CACCCUAUUGUCCACUAUUAGAGCGGUCAUAUUGGUGAGGUUCCGAUUUCUAAAGGAGUGCAUGCACUACUUUUGGUGCGAUUUACAUAGACAUCUGUGUCAGAUGUCUUGCAAAUCGCACCUAAAAUCGGUAAGUCACCCGACUUUGAAAUCAUACGACUUCACUGGGAGGACUGACCAUUUGGAAACUCGGGCACUGCCCGAUGGCCCAGGGUCAGUAGGGGGCCCCAUGAGAUGCCCCUGGUACCUUUUUUCAUAGGCUUUUUUGAGUUUGGGCAAGGACACAGGGGCUCCAUGAUCCCCUAUUGCCCAGGGGGCCCCUUGA